UCCCGGUCCCGGUCCCGGUCCCGGUGUUGUCCCCGGUGCCCGGUUCCGAGCGCCCCCUCCCCGCUCCCCGGCUCGCAGUCCCGGUGUUGCCGCCGCUGCCCAGCAUCCCGCAGCCGCUCCCGGUGCCCGUUAUCGCUCCUCGGUUGCCGGUCCCGGUAGCCGGUUCGCAGGGCCCCAUUCCCGGUCCCGGACUCCAGGUCCCGCUGUUGUCGCCGGUGCCGGUGCCCGGCAGCCAGAGCCCCGUGCCCCACAGCCGGUGCCGGUGCCCGUUAUCCGGUCCCGGUGCCCGUUAUCCGGUCCCGGCGCCCAGUUCCCGGUGCCGGUCCCCGUAGCCGGUUCCAGUUCUCCGUCCCCGGUCCGGCUCCCCAGGCCCCGGUGUCGUCGCCGGUGCCGGUCCCCGGUGCCGCUCUGACAUCAGCACCGGGCGGGGCGGGGCGGGGCGGCUCCAACCGGGGAAGAAAAGCAUCUCCCGGUGCCGAUCCCGGUGCCGGUACCCGGUACCCGGUGCCGCUGCCCCAGCGGGCGGGGGGGCUCGGCAAUACCGGGGGGUCUCGGGGACCGGCGGCCGCCAUGGACCGAACCGGGCGUUGAGCUCCCCCCGCCCCCCCGCCCGGUACCGAGACCCUCCCCGAGGCCACCGGGGCGGUACCGGCGGGGCGGGCGCUCGCAGCAUCCACCGGGAUUUUGGGGAGCAGCACCCGGGAAACGGCCGGGACGCACCGGGAGCGCCGGGAGCGCCGCCCCCCGGGCAGAGCUGCCCCCGCCCCGCCGCGCCCCGUCCCCGGAGCCGAGCCGAGCCCCGGGGCCGCCUCGUCCUUUGUGUGCGCCGGGGCACCGGGCACCGCCGGGAGCACCGGGAGCCGAGCCCGGGCGGUGAUAGCGGGGAGCGGGAGCGGCCCCGGGGCCCGGGGACCCCCCGGCGGCCCCAUGAAGGAGCCCGACGCCAUCAAACUCUUCGUGGGGCAGAUCCCGCGGCACCUGGAGGAGAAGGACCUGAAACCGAUUUUUGAGCAAUUCGGGAAAAUCUACGAGCUCACCGUCAUCAAGGACAAGUACACCGGGAUGCACAAAGGAUGCGCCUUCCUGACCUACUGCGCCCGCGAGUCGGCCCUGAAGGCCCAGAGCGCCCUGCACGAGCAGAAAACCCUGCCGGGGAUGAACCGGCCCAUCCAGGUGAAGCCGGCGGACAGUGAGAGCCGAGGAGAGGACCGGAAGCUCUUUGUGGGGAUGCUGAGCAAGCAGCAGGCGGACGAGGACGUGCGGAAGAUGUUUGAGCCCUUCGGCACCAUCGACGAGUGCACGGUGCUGCGCGGCCCCGACGGCACCAGCAAAGGCUGCGCCUUCGUCAAGUUCCAGAGCCACGCGGAGGCCCAGGCCGCCAUCGCCGCCCUGCACGGGAGCCGCACGCUGCCGGGCGCCUCGUCCAGCCUGGUGGUGAAGUUUGCGGACACGGAGAAGGAGCGGGGGCUGCGGCGCAUGCAGCAGGUGGCCAGCCAGCUGGGCAUGUUCAGCCCCAUCGCCCUCCAGUUCGGCGCCUACAGCGCCUACACGCAGGCGCUGAUGCAGCAGCAGGCGGCCCUGGUGGCCGCGCACUCGGCCUACCUCAGCCCCAUGGCCACCAUGGCCGUCCAGAUGCAGCACAUGGGCACGGUCAACCCCAACGGGCUCAUCGCCACCCCCCUGCCACCCUCCUCAGGAACCAGCACCCCCCCGGCCAUGGCGGCCACCCCCGUCCCGGCCAUCGCGGCCCCGCUGAGCGUCAACGGCUACAGCCCCGUGCCCGCGCAGCCCGCGGGACCCCCCGCCCCCGACGCCGUCUACGCCGGGGGGGUCCCCCCCUUCCCAGGUGCCCCCCGACCCCCCCCCAGCCCCCCGAGCCCCGGGGCCCCCCCCCUAACCCCCCCUGUGCCCCCAGCCCAGAGCCCCGCGGCCCCCGGGGACCCCCUGCAGCAGGCGUACGCUGGCAUGCAGCACUACACUGGGGCCGCGUACCCGGCCGCCUACGGGCUGGUCAGCCCGGCCUUCGCCCCCCCGGGACCCCUGCUCGCCCCCCGCCCCCCCCCGCAGCAGCAGCAGCGUGAAGGCCCCGAGGGCUGUAACAUCUUCAUCUACCACCUGCCCCAGGAGUUCGCCGACACCGAGAUCCUGCAGAUGUUCCUCCCCUUCGGCAACGUCAUCUCCGCCAAGGUCUUCGUGGACAGGGCCACCAACCAGAGCAAGUGCUUCGGCUUCGUGAGCUUUGACAACCCCGCGAGCGCCCAGGCCGCCAUCCAGGCCAUGAACGGCUUCCAGAUCGGGAUGAAGCGGCUCAAGGUGCAGCUCAAGAGGCCCAAAGACGCCAACCGGCCCUACUGAGCCCGGUCCGGAGGCUCUGGAGCAGCACCUUUGGGUGCCCCCCCAUUGCAGAGCAGCCCCCCCAAACCCAGCGGUGCCCGGGGGGGGGGGCUCGGUCCUGCUGGGGGGGGCCCCAGACCCCCCCACGCUCAGGAAGGAUGGACCCCCCCUCCAGGCCCCAUCCGACCCCCCAGUCCAUCCCAGUCCAUCCCAGUCCA